AUGGAUGAUGAUCUAGAGGCCUCAGAGGCCGGACUGGGUACCGGUACUUCGGCCUUUCACAAGCUCGGCAAAGGCAUGGUUGCUUUCCUGAGAGCUACCCUUGGAUUUGAACAGGAUGUCAUGAGAGAAGGUAGGGACUACACCACUCCUCAUACUCUAGACGUUACUGAUACAUCCUCGCAAACAGCAUCUGAACGCCUUGCGGACGCCGAAGCUGUUGCGACUGCAGAUAAUCGCAGAGCACAGCACGAUCCUCAAGCAUUCCACUCCUCGAUCUAUCCGUCCGGAUCGGAAUACGCACUUUGCCACGCUCAGACUCAGCUCAUGGCUGCCGUCGUUGGUGUACUGAAUGAAAGCUUGACCGAAAGCAUAAAGGGGUUUUAUAAGCUGAGGAGAGCGUAUAUAACACUCGACGGAAUUUUGUCAGCUGAAGCAAAGUACAUGAAAAGGCGGCAAGGCUUGGGAUUGGAUACGCCAGCACAGGGGUCAGUAGAUUCUCUCAAAUGGAAUCACUCAGCGACGCCAUCGAGGCAAAUGCCUGGAGGCUUUGCCAGUGGACAUGCUUCUCGGGAGCCUUCGAGGCCUCCAUCUGCACACUCGACGGACGAAGCAUUUGCUCAGUCUCGAGAUCUUCACCCCUCUAGGCUAGAAAGGAUUGAUACCGGAGUUACUGUGGGUGGAGGGGAAGAUCAUAAUCAGGAUAAUGGUGAUAGCGAUGUAUUUUACGACGCGGACGAAAAUUUUGUCGAGGACAUUACGGCCACAUACACAGGCAAAGUGGAAAUGAAUGGAGUGACAAGCAGCAUCAACAAAGCCUCGAUUCGAGAUGACAACGUCGAAGCUCAAGCUCUAGAUCUUCCAACACCCAAGCUACCCAUCAAUCAACACGACCUGCUUGACCACGACCCUGAUUCCGAUAUUUUCUCAAAUCCCUUGGACGUUUUCAUUCACUCCGGCGCUAAUCUAUGUUUUGGUCUUCUCAAUAUCAUGCUCUCUAUGAUCCCGCCGUCUUUUGGCAGGCUUUUAUUCAUCAUAGGCUUUCAUGGUGACAAGGAACGUGGGGUGCGGAUGCUCUGGCAAGCUUCUAAAUUUCAUAACCUCAAUGGUGCUUUUGCAGGACUGAUCGUCUUGGGCUUCUACAACACUCUCAUCGGCUUCUCGGACAUUAUACCAGAGUCAGACGCAAAUGCUCUGGCGGAAAAUCCGAUUGACGGCUACCCCAAGGAGCGCUGCGAAGCCUUGCUUGCAGAAAUGCGCCGUAGACAUCCUAAAUCUCACCUCUGGCUACUUGAAGAAGCACGUAUGAAUGCCUUCAACCGGAACCUCUCGCGCUCCAUCCAUAUCCUUGAAAACGCGUCUAAGUCGCGGCUGAAACAAGUUGAAGCCCUCGAAAUGUUUGAGAAAUCUCUCAAUGCAAUGUAUAGCCACCGGUACGAGCUCUGCUCGAUGUCCUUCAUCUCUUGUCUUACACUCAACAACUGGUCUCCUGCUCUCUAUAAUUACAUCGCUGGAUCCGCACACGUAGAAUUGUACCGUCUCCUCAAAGCAUCAAAUCCUGCAGAAGCGAAGAAGCAUGCCACGAAAGCUACCGAACUCCUCAAAGCCACACCUCAGCAUGCCGGCAAAAAAAAGUUCAUGGCUCGACAGCUUCCUUUCGACGUCUUUGUGACGCGCAAAAUCAAGAAAUGGGAAUCACGCGCUGCUCAGGACUUGAAAUGUUCUUUUAUCGACGCAGUAGGCAUUUCACCCAUCGAAGAGAUGAUAUUCUUUUGGAAUGGGUACAAGCGUAUGGAUUCUUCGCAACUCGAAGACAGCUUGAAUCGUCUGAAGUGGACUGAAAGCUCGGCGAACCCGCAGUGGCAGCAUGACGUUGCCGCAUAUGACGAGAAGGCGAUCCUUGCCGUGCUCAGAGCUGCUACUUUACGUAAUCUCGACCGCCUGGAUGAAGCAGAAGCGAUCUUGAAGAAGGAAGUUUUGGCGGUCGAUAAAACAGAGCUUAAAGGUGGAUUGAAGGAUGAUUGGACGGCUCCCGCGGCGCAUUAUGAAAUGGGGGUACUUUGUUGGGCGAGGAGGAAAAUAGCUGCAGAGGAUGGUUCCGGGCCGAAAGAGGAAGAGAGGUGGGUUAAGGAGUGCGAGGGAUGGGUUGGAAAGGCGGCGAAGUGGGAGGGAUAUGAUCUCGAUGCCAGACUUGGUCUCAAGAUUGCAACGGCGCAGGACACGCUGAAGCGGUGGAAGGAGAAGAGGGAAAUUGGGAAGAGUUGA